UUUAAUAAGAGGGCGAGUUUUAAUUUUGUUGUUGAGAUUAAAUCAGCUUAAAGUAAGACACCAUAGCAAUGACUUCUACAGAAGAAAGAGAUUUGAAUGGCAAUAUUAUAGAAAACAAUUACAAAAAGCAUAGUUUAAAUAAAGCCAUCAAUGAUAACGAUUUAUAUAUCGCAUCAAAGUAUUUAUUGCAACCGAUUGAUCCAGCUCCUCGUACGGGCAGUACAGCACGGAAGCUGUCUUCUGAAUGGCUUAGUGAUACUGAAAGUCUGUUUAGUGAAGACGAAGAAGAAGAAAAAGAACGACUGCAUAAACUUGUGAAGGAACGUAAAAGAAACUUAUCCAACCUUGAGUCAGCUUUGAACGACAUAGAGAAAGAGAACACUUCCGACAUGUUGGAAGCAAUCGACUUGACGCUACGCCGUUUAAACGAGCGCACGACGUUAAUAUCGGAAACGCUGGAAUCCGUGCAAAAGAAACAAAACCGGGUGCAGACGGAUUUCCGAGAUAAUAUCGAUGUUAUAAAAGAGAUGAGAGUAAAGGCGCAAGAACUUAUCAAAAAACAGGACCAGAUUGGCAAGAACUACAAGCAAGUUGAUCAGUAUAUUUCCAGUAUUCAACCUGUAGACUAUACGGCAGGGUCGUCAUACAAAGCAACUUCCUUCAAACCGACGAGAGCGAAGACGUACGACAGUUACUCAGAUGAAGACGACUUUGAAAUACGCCCUAAGAAAACAACAACAGAAAGAAGAUACUCAUCAGAAGAGGAGCUUCCUUCGAAAUCAAAAUAUAGCGACGAAGAGGAUGAUGAACCGAAAAGAUAUAUUAAAGAAGAUGACGACGAAAUGGAUAGAUACAGCGAUGAAGAGCCGAAGCAAGACUCCUACGCAGAGGAUGAUAAUGAAGAGCGAGUAAUAAAGGAAAAAUAUAGCGAUGAUGAUUACGAAGAUGAAAAACAACCUAGAAACGAAGAAGAGCACGGCGAUGAAGUACAAAGUAGACAAAACAAUAACGACGAAGAUGAAGAAUAUCUGCGCGAACAAGAAGCAAGACGUGCGGAGGAGAAGCGUCAAGAACAAGAAUUUCUAGAAGACGAACGACUGCGUGAAGAAGAACAAGAAAUCAAAAGUGAUGAUGAGGAAUUUGAUGAGGAACACGCAAGACGAAUGGCUGAAGAAGAGAUCGCUAAGUUAAGAGAGGAAGAAGGUUCAAAGGACGAAGAAUGA